AUGUAUUCAAUAUUAAUUGUAUAUUUACACUGUUAUGAAUAUUCAUUGGUUAGCCUGUUAACCACAGAUCAUAUCAUCAAUGAAUUCAUAAAUGAUAAUACUGAAGAAUAUGGAAAGUUGAUUUGGGGAAAUGAAUCCUACAGACAAUCUUAUCAUUAUUAUUAUACACAAUUGAUUAGAGUCGAUCAAUUGUCUCCAGUUGUAUUUAAUAAAUUUAAUAAAAGUUUAAUACCUGCAAUAUCAUAUCUGGGUGUGAAUACUUUAUUCCCAAUAAAAUAUUAUGGUAUGCAAUAUAAUUCAGUGAAUAUACUAUCUAAAGGAAUCGUGGGUAUUGGAAAAUCAUUUCGUCAUUCUGGAGCAAUGAAAAAAAUUGAAGUUUUUAAUGGGAUGGAUAAAGAUGGUGGAGUGGAGAUCAUGAAUACUAACAAAUUUUUGGCUAUCAAAUGGAUUAAUUUAAGUAUUUCUACUUUGCAUGAUGAUGAACCGGAAGAGUAUGCCAUAGUGGCUUGCAUUAUAUACUCCAAUGGAAAUAUAUCAGUUUACUUUGAGAAGAUACCAACAGAAUUUGGAAACAAUGGAGGGAAAAUAAGUAUUACAGAUGGUUAUGAUUAUGCUACAUAUAAUGCAACUGGACUAUACAUCAUUAAAACUUCGUACAGUAAUAUUAAAACUCCGAAAAUCAUGAUAAGAUCUGGGACGUUGGUUGAAUUCGCUCCAAAUACAAAAUGA